AUGUAUCCGACAUCAAACUUGACUUUUUUUCUACAGUCUUGCUCACACCCAACGCUGCACGACCACGCUUCCCUUGAUUCCGACUGCUUCUCCCGUUUGCGAUGGGUCUUCAACUCCACUUGCCCUCGCAUCCCCCUUUGGAUCCAGCCGUCACGAACAUCUCUUCGGCGCGUACCUCACGAUCCCGCACACUCGCACGCCCCUCGCGAGCCCAGCGACGCUAAGGGUGAGCCAGAUCUACCCAUCGGGCUCCACCCCGCACCCAUUCGGCCCUCCCGUCGUCUACUUAUUUCCUCAUCGUCCUUGCGCACUAACGACACAUACAAUCACCCAUUCCUUAGCGGCGGGCACGCGACCGAUAGCAAGCCUCCGUCGUGUCUGGGUGCCCCGGUCUUUCCUACCAGCAUCGCUAACGUCUAA